GGUUCUGAAAGGUAUAAAAGUCAUGCAUGAACACUACGACUCAUCAGCUCAAACAGCCUUUGCAGUUUUACCACUCGCCUACCUGCACCGAAGCACACCAUGUUCGCUCGUAUCUACGCUCUUGCUUUCACCCUCUUCUUCGCCAUGCCCUUGUUCGUGGCUGGCAGUGCUAUCCCUCGUGGCGGAACCAGCGGCUGCACCACUGGAGAAGUCCAAUGUUGCCAGUCUGUUCAGAGUGCAACCUCCAACCCAGUUUCUACCCUUCUGGGCCUCCUUGGCGUCGUUUUGGGUGACCUCGGUGCCGAUGUCGGUAUAACUUGCUCCCCAAUCAGCGUCAUUGGUGUCGGAGGAAACAGCUGCUCAGCUCAGACCGUCUGCUGCGAGGACAACAGCUUCAACGGUCUCAUUGCCAUCGGUUGCACCCCCAUCAACAUUGGACUCUAAAGAGUUGAGGGGCCUUCUCAUCGUCAUAUCACUGACACGGACGAAAUCACAUACCGAUAGCUUCACUCGUUUUACAUACCUAUUUUUCAUUUGGUCGAUUUGCGCGUUGAUUUGAAAAUGAUAUUAUCUUUUUCCUGGUCAAAUUUGAGUGUUUUAAAAUGGCAACAAACGUUGACUUCUACUUGCACCGAUUCUUCUGUCAGAAGGUAGGACAAGCUGGUUCCAACUUCCGCCGUCCUUAACGGGUGCCUGAUAGAAUCCUGCACUGCAGAGAAUU